AUGCGCGAGCGGAUGACAUUCUACAUCGAGAACCUGCAAACCACCAUCGUGGCCGCGCUCGAAGCUGCAGACCCGACCGCCCCAGCCUUCAAGCGACGCGCCUGGGACCGCGCACAGGGGGGGCGAGGCGUCUCGUGCACGUUCAGCGCCCCCGACCAUCCAGGCAGCCUGCUCGAGAAGGCGGGCGUGAACAUCUCGAUGAUCCACGGGCAGCUCCCCCCAGCCGCGAUCGCGAACAUGGCGACGGAGCACGCGCUCGCAGCGUGCACAGGCAGCAUGGGCAUCCUGCCCUUUUCCGCGGGCGGCCUUAGCCUCGUCAUCCACCCGCGCAACCCGAGCGUGCCCACCCUCGUCGCAUGGUGGUUUGGGGGCAUCACGGACCUCACCCCGUGCUACCUCUUCGAAGAGGACGUCGUGCACUUCCACUCGACGCUCAAGGCCGCGUGCGACGCGUACGGUCCCGAGCUCUAUCCUGCGUUCAAGAAGUCGUGCGACAGCUAUCUCUUCAUCCCGCACCGUGGCGAGCACAGGGGCGUGGGCGGCAUUCGGUUCGACGAUCUCUGCGACGAGCCACUCCCGCUCCUCACCGACGCGUCUGCCCCUCGUCCGCGGACACCUGACGAGAUCUUCGCGUUCGUCAAGUCCUGCGCCGAUGCGUUUUUGCCGUCAUACAUGCCAAUACUGGAACGCCGUAGAGACACGCCGGUCGACGAGCGCAAGCGGCGAUGGCAGCUUAUCCGCCGGGGCCGCUACGUCGAGUUCAACCUCGUAUACGACCGCGGGACAAAGUUCGGCCUGUCGACACCAGGCGUACAGGUCGAGAACGUUCUUAUGAGCCUGCCGGAGACGGCGCGCUGGGAAUACAUGUCGGAAAUAGGUACCGAGGAGGGUAGUGAAGAGUUCAAGAUGCUCGAAGUGUUUAAGAGUCCACGACAGUGGGUAUAA